UUGUGGGUGUGGUCAAUUGUUGCCAUGGUCACGGAUAAUUUUUGGAGGGAAAGAAAGUGUCCAUUAAUUUUCUUAGCUUUGCCAUUUUAAUGAGAUGCCUUCUGGUAAACUGGAUGACUAUGUAGUAGUUGGCAUGAUAGGAAGUGGUAGCUUUGGCCAGUGUAAGAAGAUAAGGAGAAUAUGUGAUGGAAAAGUUUUAGUUUGGAAGGAAAUAAACUACAAAGAGAUGACAGAAUCAGAGAAGCAGCAGCUAGUAACUGAAGUCAAUUUACUGAGAGAGCUAAAACACACGCACAUAGUACAAUAUUAUGACAGAAUCAUAGAUAGAUCUCAAAGUAUGCUUUACAUUAUAACAGAGUAUUGUCCCGGAGGUGAUCUCGCGACAUUAAUAUCACAGCAUCGGCAUCAGAGGAAGCUACUCCCUGAAUGUUUCAUAUGGCAAGUCAUGCAUCAGAUAUUACUAGCAUUGGAGGAAUGUCACAGAUCAAAGGAGAACGUAGGAGGAAAGGUCAUGCAUAGAGAUAUAAAACCUGCAAAUGUGUUUUUGGAUGGUGAGGGACAAGUGAAGUUAGGCGACUUUGGAUUAGCUCGCAUCCUCCACAACACAUCUCUAGCUAAGACAUUUGUUGGAACUCCUUACUAUAUGAGCCCAGAGCAGUAUAGCUGCAAUAGUUAUGACCACAGGAGUGAUCUAUGGUCGAUUGGUUGUCUCCUGUAUGAACUCUGUGCUCUUAAACCUCCUUUUGUGGCCUCUUCCCAGUAUAAGUUGGCAGAGUAUGUCUGCAAUGGCCGUUUCUCAAGGAUUCCAAGCAAAUAUUCUGAUGACCUCCACUGGACAAUAUCACAACUGCUACAUGUCAAACCAGAGAAGCGUCCAUUGCUAUCGCAGCUACUGUCACUGCUGGAGGAGAAGAUCCCACUAGCUAAACCACCAAAUGUUGCAGGAACAGAAAAGACUACUCCGCCUUCAGUACUUGGAGCUGUAAAAGAAGAGGAGUCAUUACAGAGGAAACUAGAUGAAUUGCAUAGGAAAGAAGAGAUACUGAGAAAGAAAGAGGAAGAUUUGCAGAGGAAAGAGAUUGAAUUGAAAAGAAGGGAAGAGGUGCUUGUUUUAAGAGAGAAGCAGCAAGCUAUUCUAAAAUAAAAAGGAGUAUAAUGUAGAGUAAUUCUUUUUUUAUAAUUGAAUUAUAGAAUGCAUGA